AUGGACAGAAAUAAUCCGAGCGGCGGCCCUCCCAACGGCGGUGCUAACGGCCGGCUUCACCUAAACUUUGGCUACGACCAGCAGCAGCCGUAUAGCAACAACCCCCAGAGCAGUCGGGCCUAUCCUACGACGCCGUCGACUUUCCCGCAGCCUAUGUACGCUGGCCAAGGCAACCAGGAGUUCGUGGACGCCCAGCAGAACGUCUAUAACCAGGGAUACUUCGUGAACAAUCCCUAUAUGGCUCCCGCGGGCCAGACGCUGCAGCAGCAACAGCAGCAGCAGUACGCCCCAGCACCACACGGCAGUGCCCCUCCGACCGGAUACCAGCAGCAGAGAGGCGGGCACCAGGGGAACGACGAGACUUCGGGCCUGAUACAGCAGUUCUCGAACCAGGACCUGUCUGCUUCCCCGCGACCUGCUCGCGCCGCCCCGCAAGGAGGCCAGCAGCGUCCUCGCACUGCUGGCUCUCCUGCCGGACACCACCAGCAGGCGGCAGCCCACUUGACCCCUCCUAUGCCAGCUCGUGGUGCCAACCCAGAGGAUGAGGAGCUUGUGAGAUGCCCGGAAAGAUACUCUGAGAACGCUCAUAAGCGUGGAAAGGCGGCAAAGGAGCUCGUCAAUGUCUUCUUCCGCGAGAAUAUCGAGAGAGCUCGUGAUAGAAAUAUGCGUGCUGCCAACCUAGACAAGAUCUGCCAGAAUGCAACCAUCUCUGAUGCAAAGCGGAAACAUGAAGCGGAGGCCAUGGCAAAGAAAGAAGCCAACUUUCUUCGCUUUAUCAGAACGAGAGAGACUCCCUCGAACUUCCAGACGAUCAAGGUCAUUGGCAAGGGUGCUUUCGGAGAAGUCAAGCUCGUCCAGCGCAAGACUGACGGCAAGAUCUAUGCCCUCAAGUCACUUAUCAAGACAGAGAUGUUCAAGAAGGACCAGCUUGCACACGUCCGCGCUGAGCGUGAUAUCCUUGCUGACUCCAAGGACAACCCAUGGCUCGUUAAGCUCCACGCAUCGUUUCAGGAUAAGGCGUAUCUCUACCUGCUCAUGGAGUUCUUGCCUGGCGGUGACUUGAUGACCAUGCUUAUUAAAUAUGAGAUCUUUUCAGAGGAUAUCACCAGAUUUUACAUGGCUGAACUGGUCAUGGCCAUCGAGGCCGUCCAUAAACUCGGCUUCUUGCAUCGUGAUAUUAAACCCGAUAACAUUUUACUUGACCGCGGUGGCCAUAUCAAAUUAACUGACUUUGGCUUGUCGACUGGCGGCAAGAAACAGCACGACAACUCAUAUUACCAGGCUUUGUUAAAGAAUACCUCCACAUCCAAAGAUAAGAAUAGAAACUCUGGCUUCUUCUCAGAUGCCAUCAAUUUGACGGUCUCCAACCGUGGCCAGAUCAAUACCUGGCGUCGAUCACGCCGUGCUAUGGCUUACUCCACCGUUGGUACCCCCGAUUACAUUGCCCCUGAGAUAUUCAACGGCCAGGGAUACACCUAUCUCUGCGAUUGGUGGUCAGUUGGAGCUAUUAUGUUCGAAUGUCUCGUUGGAUGGCCUCCAUUCUGCGCCGAACAGCCAACCGAUACUUACCGAAAGAUCGUCUACUGGCGUGAGCAUCUUGCUUUCCCAGACGAACUGGUUCUCUCCAGGGACUCCGAGCAUCUUAUUAGAAGCUUCCUUUGUGACCCAGAAAACCGUAUUGGCCAAGAAGGAGGACAACACGGCGGUGCCACCCAGAUUAAAAAUCACCCCUUCUUCCGUGGUGUCGUAUGGGAACAACUGCGCCGAAUCCGUGCACCCUUCGAGCCUAGACUCACUUCUAACAUUGAUGUCUCCUACUUCCCCAUCGAUGAGAUUCCUCAGGAAGACAACAGUGCUCUCCUCCGCGCUCAAGCUCGCGCUAUGCCCGAGGAACAAGAGGCCGAGAUGUCCCUCCCCUUUAUCGGCUACACGUACAAGGCCUUCAACGCAUUCCAGAGCAGCUAG